AUGGUAGCCUGGGGGCAGGACUCCGCAGGUGUAGACGGCAACAGCUUAGAGAAGAAAGGGAAGUUGGAAUCCGACUACCAGCAUCUACGAGAGCUGUUUAAACCACACGUCGAAUCCUUCGACUAUUUCAUCGACGCCGGGCUAGAAAUUGCUCUCAUGAACAUCAAACCCACGGAAAUUACCGACUCUUCCACCGGAACCAAGCUGAGAAAUAUCCUUUUUUUCUCUUCCGUUGUGUUCUACUUGUCCAUUCUCAACGCAUAUUCUCGCAGCUGCUCCCUGUUUUUCCUUGACGCGUCGUGUACUAUGGCUCGGGAAGCCCGAUUUGCUGUCGCCGGAGCGGGAAGGUGGCCGCAAGUCUAUGCGGGAGCCCGUUUUUCCGUACGAGGUGAGUCCUUUGAGUUUUUUUUUCUUCAUUAAAUGAAUUGGUCAGGUUCAGCUCUAAGGUGCUAUAGCUCGUUCCCUCGCAAACUUUGCUGCGAAAAAACAGUGCAGACAAUCAGGGGGAUCAUAUCGUGGGAAGUUCACUGCAGAGGUCUGUUUCCAGUACAACGACGGGGCAGUCAUCAGAGAGACCUUCAAUUUCGGUUUCCUUCCCAUAAUGCUCAUGGUGAGUAUGGUUGUUUAAUUUUGCCUGGCUGUUUUUUGGAGCAAAACCUUGAGACAGGGGCAGCUAGGUAGGUCUAGCUUGACCUAAAUUUCCUGGAGAAAGUUUGAAAGGAGAAGUAGAACCAUAAAAAUAUGACUCUUCCUCAACAGCCACGUGAUGGUUAUCUUAGGGUGAUCCAUGAGAGGCCACAGAGCCAUCAAUACCAUUUUCGUAGAGGUUUCGCGAUCGUGUGUGCUCAUUAAACAUCUUGUUAGGGAUGGAAUCAUCUGCAUGCAAUGUGUUUUUGGAAGCGAAGUACGUUUACUUCGUGGCUUAUAUGAAAUCCUCUUCGUGUUUGUUGGUACGAUUUGAAGGAAAUCCGGCAACACAAAUGCCUCUGAAAGCACGCUCAGUGGCCAUUUGUUCCUACCAAGUUAAAAUUUUAAUCUCCCUUGUGCUCAGUAGACGACUUGGAUGAGUUACAGACUCAUAUUUAACAUCUGAAACUCGGAAUAUUCUAUUUUUUGUGUUUUUUUUUCCCGAAUUCUUGAUAAACAUAGAGUUUAUUUUAUGCCGUGGGAACUGUUCAGAGUUCAUCUAUCAUUUCUAGUUUAUAGAUUUAUCUCCCUCAGUCUUAAUAUAGCGUUCAAGAAACCUACAACUCGUAUGUCUUGUGUAACUUCGAACUGGUUAUCUCUGGUAUGCAGAAUGCGGUUUUUUCCUAGUUCUUGAUAACUGAAGAUUUGUUCUAUGCAGUCAAAACUUUGUCACCUGAGAGGUGCUGAUCCGAGAAAGCUGGUUUUCCACAAAGAAGAGGCAACAGAGAUGGGUGGGUGAGUAUUAGCUCGUAGGGACGAAUUGCAUUCCUGUCUUUGUUUAUCUCUGUACGUGCGUACUCACUUUCAGAAGGAUGUUUAUGCGACGUGUGUGAAUAUCUUUGUAGAUCUCUGCAUGUUAUUCAUAGUAGUAUUACUUAGCAGUGAUCCAUGUUUAUUGUAUGUAUAACUAAAUAUCUCAUGCGACAUACGCUUUAUCUGACAAAGGGUUUAUUUUUGACUGUAGGGGAAAUCAAUAGGUGAAUAUUGACCUUUAUGUCAUAGAAUCGACAUUUUCUUUGCUGAAAAGUUCCUUAAUUGUUCUCUUGCUCUUGAUAAGAUUGAGAGAAGUAUUCUGUAAAACAUAUGUAUUUUUUUUAGUUUUUGUGUUGAGGGUUUUCUUGGCUUUUGUUACAUUUAGGGUUAGCAAUGUGGAAUUAGAUAUGUAGUGGUGUUGCCGGGGACUUUGCUUUAAUCCUGUUUAUUACGUGCUAACGGAUUUAUGGUAAACACAGGGGAUACAUUUUCUUUGACCUACAGAUGCAUUUUUCUGUAACCAUGGUGAAAAUGAUUGAAAUAGUGGGGCUUUUAGUGAAUUGAGAUUAGUGUGAUGAACCUAAGAUGAGAAAGAUUAAAUAGAUCUAAGUUCCUUGCUGUUCAGAUUAUCUGGUUGUACUCAUUCGACUUAGACAGAUCGGGCAGGAAGGACUUGUUAAAGUCAUGAAAGCCAGAGGAUUGCGAAACUAGUGUUUUGAAGCUUCUAGCACUAUUUCUUCUUAUGAAUCAGGAGGUUAGUAAAGUUUAGUACAAUUAAUGCUGUGGCCAUAUGACAACCUUGAGGACCAGCCAUUGCCCUCGAAUCUGUUCUCCCUUUAGUUGCACUUUUGACUUCGUUGAAAGUACUUUUAACCGGACGUCAGUCCAGUGUUGAUGAGAACCUGUUUUUUGCUUCCUGGAGACUGACUGUGCUGUGUCGUUUUCUAACCACUCAUGUGUACUAAACCGGACAAAGUAAACCUUGCUUGCAGUGUGGUGUUAACCUGUGGGGUGACCACAUCAGGUAAUGACUGGGAGAAACAGUCCAACAACGUGCCUUAGGGUACUUAUACAGCCAAGUUAUUCACCACGUAUGUUGACAGAUCAAUUGUGUUUUUUUAUUGUUCUUGCGUUGACAAGGUUUAUUCUAGAAAAAAAAGGUCUGAGCUUAACUUCUGUCGUUGGUCUACCUCUAUUAGUUUUUAAAUUCAUGUGUAAUGGCUAGUUACAUCUGUUGGCGUAUUUCCCUCCCAUGAACGUAAGAAUUUUCAGUCCCUUGUAUCUUCCUAUGCCGUUUUCUAAUGUUAUUUUCAUCCAUGUUUUUUAGCUACUUCAUAUGUAAUGGCUUGGAAAGGCUUUGCCGACUUCUCAUUUUGUCAAAACGAAACCAUGUGAGCUGUUCCUCCUUAGUUUGGUAAAGCAUCAUUUGUUCAUUUAGGUUUCAGUUGGGUGGGUUCAAAGUAAUAACUGGUCCUUUCCUUUCACCAUAUACAUAUAUCUCUUUUCUUUAAUCUAAUUUUUUGUUGAUCCUGAAUUUUGAUUUUCUUAGCUGAUUUCAUUUGCAGCCAAUGGCAAUGGUUCGGAAAUCAUUUUGUUCUCGAGGUGAUGGAUAUACUGAUAAAGCUGUUGUUAUAAGGUGAUUACUUUCUUGACAUUGUGUAUAUUCUAUUGUACAGAGUAAUCAAUCUCCUUCCUAUUCUUUGUUUUCUGUCAUUGUUAAUUGGCCUUUUUUAAGGAUCUCAAUUCUGAGAAGAUAAUUAUCUGGGCGCUUAGCUCAAUCCUCAUAGAACUUUAACUCCUACUCUGGUCGUUUUUCUUAUUUAUCUGUUGUGUGCUUGACUGUUAUGUGUUUUAUUAAACUGAGCGUAGUCUAAAACUGCAGAGCUACCGUUCAUAGUGGUGUGGUUGUUGUGUUUUAACGACUAGUAUUUCCUUUUGAGCACAUUAAUCUUUAUUAUUAAUGCAUUUGCAACAAUCAUUGUUUGAAUAUAGAUGUGUGAGAGAGGAUCAAUCAGCUGUGACCGUCAAGCUGUACUACCUUCAGAAUGGAAGUGCAAGACUUGGAUUUUGGUGAGGAGAUCAGUUUUUUCAUCUUUGAGUUUAACGUUUUAGUACUUAAGAAUGAAGCUCUCCUGAAUUAUCACUAUAUACUUUGUGUUCUUUCCAGGAUUCAGGGGAAAGAAUAUUUGCUUCCUGUUGGCAUUGUCUUGAAGGUGAUUUGCUCUUUUUUUUUUUAUUAUUUCCUUUCAUUCAUUGUGGGCCUACGGACUGUUGCAAAUGCUGAGAGUCGUACGGUAGCUAUCUUGAUGUGUAUCGAGGACUAUAUCCUUGAUAAUUUAUUUUGCUUAUGUUAGCUUCUUGAAGUCAGUUUCAGCAUCAUAUCUGUGUUACUAACAAUAGGAAGGCCACGAAGGAUUGUUAGGAAUUCCAGUAUCAGCACAGUUGUUUUUAACCCAGACUCUGAUGCUGCAAUAGCUCACAAUGUGGAACAAUAUACGUAGAAGGUAUUAUUUUGGAAGCCGGGUUACUAGGGAAUUAAUUGGGACUGGAGACAAGGGAAGCAAACGGAAAAUAUACGAGAGAGAUUGCCUCAGUUGUUCAAGUGCUGAUGUAAAUAUUCUAGGGAUUGUGUUAUUUUCUGACAAAAAAGUCCUGAAGAUUGACCCAAUCACUGGAUGCUAUUUUGUUUCUAACUAGGGAACUUCAUAGUAUAUGAUCUUCAUUUGUUCAUGUAUUAGUAUUCCAGAUCUGGCUUACGUAUUGAUAGAGUUAAUAUAUCUCCCAUUUCUUGAAAUUUCUCUUUCGAUUCAACAUUGUGGCACAAUAGGCAUCUCUUAAUGUCCCAGCUACUAAGUGAAUGAAAUAAAUAAUAAUGUCAAAAUUCGGUUAUAAUGUGUUGGGAAUUCUCAUGAUGAUAUUUUUUGGGACUUAGUGUGUGGAGGGGGGGCGGGAGCUACUCUGAUAAGAACCCAUAUCAAAGAACUACAAAUAUUUCGUAGUAGAUGAGAGAAAAAUCUCUAGAACAGAAAUAUCAAAGAUAAAACACAGUAAAAGAAACUAGAACAGAUAGAGGGUGGCAUACAACCCUAGAACCUAGAAUAGAUGGAGGGUCGCAUACAGCCCUCCAACCCCUUCUCGUAGAUGCACUAGAUACUAACUCCAGUUUCCCUCCCCUCCUCGAUCCGCCCCCCUUUAUAUCCUUUCCUUUCCUUCUCUUAUUUAGGUAGUUAGUCUCUUGCCAUAACUACUCUUGCCAUAACUGCUCCUUGCCGUAAUUAUGCCUUCCCUCCAUUAUGCUAAUCAUUAUUGACUUAUUGGGCUUUGGGCCUUCUUCCUUCUAGCAUAUGUGCAUGGAGCAUUAUCAAUAUUCCCCCCCAUGUGCUUCACCUUGUCCUGAAGGUGGAAGUUCGGAAAUUGCUGGUGGAGGGAUGAAGCUAAUUCCCAUGUAGCUUCAAAAUCAGGGAGAUCAGCCCAUUUGACCAAGACUUCUGUGUCAAAAGAGGAAUUCCGAAUGACGAGGAUAUCUUUGGGGGUCACCUUCCAUUCCCAAGCAUUAGUCAGUAUGCCUGGAAUGGGUUGAUAGUAAACAGACUCGCGAAGUUGAGAAAUGUGGAAAACUAGAUGAAUAGUGAUGGAGUUGGGAAGUUCCAAUUUGUAUGCCACCUGGCCAAUGUGCUCUUGGAUAGGGUAGGGGCCGAAAUAUCUGGGACUCAGUUUUUCAUUAGCUUUCUUGGCUAAUGAUUUCAUACGAUAAGGUCAGAGCCUGAUAUAAACCAAAUCUCCCACUUGAAACUCUAUGUCUCGUCAAUGUUUGUUAGCUUGUACUUUCAUCUUGGACUGGGCGGCCAAGAGAUGUUCCUUGAGAAGUUGAAGUGUAUCAUCCCUUUCUUGUAGAUAAGUGUCUAUUGCAUCAAUUGGUGACAUAGGAGAUCCAUAACGUGUAAGUGUGGGAGGGUCCCGUCCAUACACUGCUUUAAAAGGUGUCAUCUUGAUGGCAGAAUGAUGCGAAGUGUUGCAGCUAAGUUCAGCCCAAUGUAACCAGUCACUCCAUAACUUAGGUUUAUCAUAAGUAAAGCAUCAGAGAUAAUUCUCUAAGCUUCGGUUCAUCACUUUUGUUUGCCCAGCUGUUUGUGGGUGAUAAGAAGAACUCAUUUUCAAUUCUGUGCCUUGAAGUUUGUUGAGUGAUUGCCAAAAAGCGCUGGUAAAUAUAGUUCCUCUGUCAGUCACAGUAGAUCUUGGAAUGCCAUGCAGCUUGACAACUUCCUUUGCAAAGAUUUGGGCAACGUCUUUGGCUGUGAAUGGAUGUCUGAAGGGUAUAAAGUGACCAAAUUUGUUGAGUCUGUCCACUAUGACGAGAAUGGAGUCAUAGCCUUUAGAUUUAGGUAGACCCUCUAUAAAAUCCAUGGAGAGGUCUUCCCAGAUCAUAUUCGGAAUAGGUAGGGGCUGUAGAAGUCCUAUUGGUGACAAGGUUGAAACCUUAUUCAAUUGACAAACAGUGCAUUCAUUAAUAUGCUGUUUGAUCAUUUUCUUCAUGCCAGGCCAAUAGACAUGCUGAGCAAGUCGUCGGUAGGUUUUUAAAAAUCCAGCAUGACCCCCUAAUGGGCUGUCAUGAAAUUCACGUAGUAAUGUGUAUAGAAGAGUAGAUGUAAGGGGUAACACCAGCCUGCCUUUGUAGAGAAGUGAUCCUUGUUGAAUUGAGUAAUGUGGGAAAGAAGUUGAGCCUUCUAUGAGUGAGAUUUUGAUUUUGGACAAUCUUGAGUCAUCUUCCACCUCUUUGUUGAUUGUGGUUACAUCCACUCCUUCUGCAAUGCACAUGGGUGCCACCAUUGCCUCUCAAUUGUGGUGCUCUAGAUAAUGGAUCUGCAGCUGUAUUCUUCUUGACUUCCUUAUAUUGUAUCUGAAAAUUAAAUCCCAUUAGUUUAGUGACCUAUUUGUGAUUUUCUGAGUGAGUCUCCUUUUGGUCAAACAUGAAUUUCAAACUAUAUUGGUCUGUUCGAAUGAUGAAAGGGUGGAACAUGAGAUAAUGCUUCCAUUUUUUGACUGUCAUCACGAUGGCAAUGAGUUCUCUGUCAUAGGUGGACUUGAGACAAGAGUGUUCCUUGAAAGCAUGGCUGAAAUAAGCUACUGGUCGUCCUUCCUGCGUCAAUACUGCACCUAUACCGUGCCUUGAAGCAAUCUGUUUCAACAACAAAUUUCUGAGAGAAAUUAGGCAGGGCCAAAAUUGGUGUCUAAGUCAUUUCAGUUUAUAGAAAGCUUCUUGAGCAUUAGAGUCCCAAUGAAAAGAAUUUUUCUUGAGCAAUCUAGUCAGGGGCCAUGAUAAAGUGGCAUAACAUUUGACAACCGGUGAUAACAGCCAGUUAGUCCUAAGAAUCCUCGUAAUGCUUUCAAAUUCUUAGGAGUAGGCCUAUCUCAUAUUGCUGAAAUUUUUCCUUGAUCUGUAAAUAUUCCUGCAGAAACCCAAUGCCCGAGGUAUUCCAAUUGAGAUUGCUUGAAUUGACAUUUUAUUUCAUUGACAUAAAGGCUAUUAGCUGCAAGAAUAAGGAAGACAUUAUCCAAAUGUUCAUCAUGUUCUUUUUGAGUUUUGUUGUAUACUAGUAUAUCAUCAAAAAAUACCAAUAUGAAUUUUCAUAGAUAAAGUCUGAAUAUAUCAUUCAUUAAGUAUUGAAAUGUAGCUGGGGCAUUAGAGAGCUCAAAUGACAUAACCUUGAAUUCAUAGUGACCUUCACGAGUCUUGAAAUCAGUUUUCUGAAUGUUUUCUUGUUUCAUACGGAUUUGAUAGUAACCAGACUUUAAAUCUAGUUUAGAAAAAACAAACAUUCCAUGCAGCUCUUCCAGCAACUCAUCGACAAUAGGAAUAGGGAACCUGUUUGGAACUGUGGAUUUAUUUAAGGCCUCGUAAUCAAUACAAAAUCGCCAACUGCCAUCUUUGUUUUUUACAAGUAGUAUGGGGCUAGCAAAAGAGGGUUGAAUGAUGCCUGCAAUACAUAGCUCAUGGACAAGCCGUUCUAUUUCAUCCUUUUAAAAUUGUGUACCUGUAUGGACGUAGAUUAAUAGGCUGAGUACAUGGUAAUAAAUUGAUGGCAUGAUCAACAGUUCUUCUUGGAGGAAGCCUUGACAAGGCUUCAAAGACUUGUGGGAAUCGUUUCUGCAGUCUGCCUGCUAUCUCUGACUGUUCCAAUGAGAAGCUAAAACUCAGUGCCGUGCUAGACACUGAGCUAAAACUCAGUGUGGCUUCUUUUUAAUUCACGUUCUGCUGUUUUGAAAGAUAUUGCUGUUUUGUUUAAACUUGCAUCCCCACGAAUGGUGUAGAUUGUGUUGUUGAGCAUAAACUUCAUGAUUAGUUGCCCAUAGUGUGAAUGUGUGUUUUAAGCCAUUGCAUUCCCAAUGUAACAUCUGUGCUACUUAAAUCCAAGCGAAGGAAAUCUUGAAUAAUGAGGAGAUCUUGGAUUUUGAGAGAAAUAUUAUGGCAUAUCCCAUGACCUUGCACGAUAUGCCCAUUGCUCAUCACAAUACCAUAACUGUGGAAUUCGCUGAUAGGUAAAGAUAGCUCUCCAUGCAGCUUAUUGCAUAUGAAAUUGUGGGUAGCACCAGUAUCUAUAAGAACGAUUACUUGUUGAUUAUGCAUGAGGCCCUUUACCUUCAUAGUCCCGUCUUGAGUCAAUCGCAUGACAGAGUUUAAUGAGACAUGGGCUGUGAAUAGAGUACAUUCCUCUUGUGAGUCAUGCUCCGGUGGAGCCCAAUCUUCCUCUUGGAAGUCUUCUUAGGACAAUGAGUAUAUUAGGUCCCACCUGCAUCUGUGGCUUGGUCUAAACCUGUCGUUACAAUAGAAACACAGUCCUUUGUUUCUUCUUUCUUGUAGUUAAGCUUCUGUCAGUUGUAUCUGUCUUCUAUUUCCCCUGUUAUUAUUACUCAUAUUUUGUGAAGUAUAUGUGGACGUCCCACCUUUAUUUGAGGCACUAGCUGUGAUCAGUUGGGUUUUCUCCAAAUUAGAUUGCUCAUUUCUGAAAUUAGAUAUCAAAGAAGUCCUUUAUUGGUGUGGAGUAUAAGCAGCAAUAACAUGUUUGGGUGGUCGUGGUUGUUCCUACUUCCAUGCUUGCCAUAGAGUACAGAUAUGAGCUUCAGCCUGUAUUGAAGUAUCCAUAAUUUCCCGUAAUCCAAUAGGCUCGGACAUAGAUAAUUCUGAUUGGAUCUCAGGCUUGAGUCCUUUCAAAUAUGUAUGCUCCAGUAUUUCUGUUAGUAUGUUCGGAAGGCAGGCUGAGAGACGUUCAAACUCUGCCCUAUAUUCCAAUAUAGAACUCUCUUGUUCAGGUUCAAAAGUUUCAAAUACAUGUUGUUAGCUAUUAAUGAACCAAAUCGACCACUAAGUUGGAUUUUAAAAUCAUACCAAUCACAGAAUGGAAAACGAUCUUCCAUCCACAGAUACCAAUCUAGGGCAUCACCCUCCAUGCUCAUCAUUAUUGCUUCUAAAUGAUCAUGUUCUGGUGUUUGGUUAAUACGAAAUACCUCUCAGCUCCGGAUUUUGAAGUGGGUGUUGUUCUGGUUGUCUCUGAGACUGCUCCGAUGGAGGUCCAUGUGGUAGGCGUGUCAUCAAGGUUGCUAGUUGUUGGGUGAGUUGUUGUAGCAUUUCUUUUGUACCCUUAUUGUCUUCCUUAAGAGCUUCGAGAUCAACUUCCAAAGAUUCCAUCCUCGCAAUAGUAAGCCCUUUAACCAUACAGGAAUAGCCCAGUUUGGCUCUGAUACCAAUGAUAAGAACCCAGAUCAAAGAACUAUGAAUAUUUCGUAGUAGAUGAGAGAACAAUGUCUAGAACAGAAAUAUCAAAGAUAAAAAACAGUAAAAGAAACCAGAACAGAUAGAGGGUCGCAUACAACCCUAGAACCAAGAAUAGAUGGAGGGUCGCAUACAACCCUCCAACCCCUUCUCGUAGAUGCACGAGAUACUAACUCCGAUUUCCCUCCCCUCCUUCCUGAUCCGCCCCCCUUUAUAUCCUUUCCUUUCCCUCUCUUAUUUAGACAGUUAGUCUCCUGCCAGAACUGUUCUUGCCAUUACCGCUCUUUGUCAUAACUGCUCCUUGUCAUAUUGCUCCUUGCCGUAACUGUGCCUUCCCUCCAUGAUGCUAAUCAUUAUUGACUUAUUGGACUUUGGGCCUUCUUCCUUCUAGCAUAUGUGCGUGGAGCCUUAUCACUCUCCCAGUCCCGAACCCGUCAGCUGCCGGUGGACUGCUCGAGCCACUCGAGAUCUUUAAUAUUUCCAGCUUUAAUGUUUUGUACAAGGGGAUCUUUCGAUACUUUUUUUCAUCUACCCCAAUUUUCGUCUUUUUCUCAGUUCCUGGCGUCAGACGGUCAUUUGAUUGAUUAUCCAUUGCACCUAAUCUUUUUUUUUGUCUUAAUUUCAUCAUUUAAAGUAUAAAAUGGUUGAUAAGUAGAAGUGUUUUUUGGUUUGUUGCUUUGGUCUGCUAGCUUUGCUUGUGGGUAUUUGCUUUUAGGAUGUGUGGAUUUGGUUUUAAAAUUUCAGGAGAAUUCACAACACAUUAUCUAUACUGUUAUAUGGCUGUUUGCAAAGUUGUGUUUCAAAACCAUUGUUCUUAUCAAAACUUCUUCUCCAUGUAUUUGCCUUUGUUGAAACCAGUAAAAACAUUGUCAUUUAUUGAUCAUUUUCAUUUCUUUGUUAAGUAUAUGACCAAAUCUUUUCUUUCAUAGGCCCUGGUAGACUCUAAUGACCGAGAAAUAUAUGUAAGUUUGACAACUUGCUACAAAGAGAAAUACCACAGAGAGAGAGGAGCAGUCGGUACUCAACUCAUUGGUGAAAGGGCAAAGAUAAUUCUUGACGAAAUGAAGGGCUUGUCUCUCUUUACCCGGUCACAAUGCCUACAUCAUAUUGGUAUCAGUUGUUAUUAUUAUAAGAUUUAAUGAAGCAUGUUAGAUUUCUCAAUUGUAAAUAUAUUUCUUAUGCCUUAUGCAGGAAAUUCUUUCCGACCUGUAAUGGGUGGAAUGGAAACUGAGAGCUAUUCUGUUGUGAGUCGAUGACGUUGUUUUACUAUUUGUUCUAUUUUAUCUUUUACUAUACUUUUGGCUUGUGGAAGAUCUUGUUUUCCUAACUAUUUUUACUGUUAUGUACAGGUUGGUGAUGCUGUGCUCAGAGACUAUAUUUUUGUCCAUCUUUCUAGUAAUCAUGAUAAAUUCAAUCUACUCAUGUUGGUUGCUUCGUCUUUUCUUCCUACAGUUUCUUCUUCCCCUUUUCAGUUGAGUUUUAGUACAUGACCUGCUGACAUAGUAUCCAAUUAUAGUUUUAUGCUGCAGAAGCUUUUUGCACUUGUCGAUAGCACGGCAGCACCUGAUAAUCCAGAUGCAUUGGUAAAUCAGGAGGUGCUACAACCUGGACACUUAAUUACAAUUUAUCUCAAGGUAACUUAAGUUUUUCUGUUGAAACACCCCAAAAUUUGACCAUUUUUAAAAGGACGUUUGUCUGAAACAUUAUACUUUGAUACUAUGGAAACUUUGUAUUAUGUCCUACCUAUGCCUACCCUUGGGAAAUCUCCGAUCCCUAAUGAAGGGGCGGUCUAAUUUUUGCUCACAAUCAUAUUCAUGGAUAGAAGGCGAAAUUUAUGCGAAGUUAUUCAAAAUUAAAGGUUUAACCCAAAAAGUUGAUUUGACAGCUUUCAAAAAGAAUGAGAAACGUUGAUAAUGCUAAUUGAUUGCUGUUAGUGAUUUUUUUUUAUUCUAUAACUACAACAUCCAGAAACAGGUUUGUUUUUAAAGAGUAGUCAAUUUAUAUAUACGGUUAAAAUAACAAAAAAAUGUUUUAAAAGAGUAUUCUUUCUGAGUGAGAAUUAUCAGCACACCGUAUGGAAUGGAUGACCUUUUUUUUUUGUUCCACAGGUAUUGGACUGGGUGGGAUAUCCCGAAUACUUCUAGUUUUACGGUUGUUGGCCCUUGGGGCUUAAAAAGGCAAAUUUAACACGUAAAAAAAAAGCCUGAAACGGAAUAAUGGAAGUUACAGUUGUACAUAAGGAACAAGCCAAGGCUGCCUGCCAGUCCCACGUCUUACUGUCAAUUGCUAGAGAGGCAGGAAGCUUCUGCUUGGGGUCUCAACCAUUGCAUACAUACAUGCACACAUCUCCUCCACUCACGCAAAACCUUAAGUUUUUGUCAGCAAUUUGGUAAUAUAUAUCCAUGAUUUUGGGAAUUCUUUCAAGCAAUAUUUGGGGAGGACUUGGAAUCUCCCAUGUAAGUUUCUUAUGGCCAGAGUUUGUACAAGCAACGAUUAACUGAUUUGGGGCUAUUCCCUGCCUUUUAAAAGAAGAUCAAAGAACCUGCCUGAUUCAUUGACAUUUGGGGAAUUUGUCACAAAAGCCUUAGUUAGAUUGGAAUCUCUGUUGUAAGUAGACAAGAAAUUGUGGGUUUAGAAACCAUGCUUUUAUUUAUUUAUUCCUGAACACAUUCUUCUUAGUCGGAGAAAAUAAUUGGAGAAUGGCUUCCUGCUGUUGUCUUGGUUUACGAUGUGAGAUGUGAAAUGUAGAAUUAACAAGGAAAUAAGUUAUAUGGAAGCGUGCUGCAGAGGAAAAAAAGGAGAGGGGGACACGAGCUGGUUAUUGCCUUGCGCUUCUGCAAAGUCAUUGGCAGAUGUCAGGAGCUGUUCUUACCAAUCAAGAAGUCACAGGGUUGUCUCUUCAUACUCUCUCCGAAAAGAAUGGAACAUGAACAUCCAUUGAUCUGCUUUAGGUUGGAAAUCGGUUAGAACUGAUCCAUCUAAAACGUGGCCCUUGAUUUGAUGGGAAGUCUGACGCUUCCGGGAUUGUCUGUUGGUCCUGAAUAGAUACCUUGCAAUGGAGGAAGACGAAAAGCAAAUGUGUGAGGAAGGGAGGAUGGAGAGAGAGAACAAGGUUAAGGAGCGAAUGAGUAGAAAUCAGGACAGAAGAAAGAGUCGAACAGGGUCAUUUUUACUGGUGCUAAAAGCAAAUCAACAUUAAUAAAUCAUGCUUAAUGUCUGUAAACAUUUUUGAGAACAUGAUACCCUUGAAUGCUUAUUGUUUACUAAGUGCGUGCACACUUAAGUUGGAAAUGUUCCAGGAGGUUGCAAUUAACUUGUCCAGUUCAUUUCAGCAUGCAUUAGUUGUUCCUAAAUCCCUCCAUCCUCAUUGUUUCAAUAUCUAUGUGCUUUCUUGUUUUAUAGAUUGGUGCAUGCUUUUGUAAUCUGACAUUUUUUAUUUUGAAAUCUGUUUUCUUAAUUGUCGUCUGUGUAUAAUGACGCCGUCUUAUUUCUUCACUGUUAGAUUGACAUAAAAUAUUGUUUUGAACAUGUAUGAUUUCAUUUUGUUGUAUUGCCUUUUAUUGUGACUUGAGGGGCUGGCCACACUUUGGGCUCUUGUUGACGGACUCAAUGGAGGCUGUAAAACUCAGGAAGUUUGGCCUAAACUGGUCUCAAAGGGGUUAGCUAAGGGGCUCUCCAUGCCCAAGUUUCAAUUUUUAGGAUUCUCUUUUAGCCUCUUUUUCUAUUUCAUUGUUGGUGACUAAUGUGAACGAUUCUGAGUGUUUUUUGCCCGUUAUUUGCAUUAUUGUUUCUGUAUGAGUUAUUGGUUCAUUUUUGGUUGAUUAUGGCUCUAAUUUCAGGAGAAGCUACAAGAAUGGUUAAGCAAGUGUCGACGCCUGGUUCAAGAUGAGAUGAUUAAGCCAAACAAAAAUUUUGACUUUUACAAUUGUACAUAUCACUCUUGUCACAGCCUAUGCUCUUAAAGAUUUCGUUUCGCAUCAUUUUCUUAUUGCUCAUGAUUAGUUUUCUCUUAACAUGAUAACUGCUUCCACGUGAAAGUAGUGUUUGAAAGCUCAUGGCCUAAUAUUACUUACUUUAUCCUGAAUAAAUUCCAAUAAAUUCCGGAUCAUUGCUUGUGUUGAAUGGCAUUACAGGAGAGCAUGGCAUUUGGCUGCUUAGGUGACCAGGCUCAAAAUGUGUUAAUGUUGAUUACGUUGGGUAGAAUCGUAGCCUUGUUUCUCCUUUUUGGCGGCAAGAUUACCAAGAAUUCGUUGUGGAAAACUGGUUCAAACUCGCAUUUUAAAUGAAAUCACGCUUUAUGUUAUCUUUCAGCUUAAUUGCGCGGGUAAUCAACUAGUAUUGUCAGAAUAACAUUACUAACAAAAGAUGUCUCAACAGACUUCUAUCGUGAUAUUAUUUUUAAGUCAUAAAAAAUGUUUCUUAGCACGUAGAUCGUCUAAUAUGAUAUAAAGAGCACAUUGAAAUUGUCCAUGGACUCUAUUGUUUUUCCUAGGAUUUUAUUGAAUAUGCACUGCCCUUUACAAACAAAAAAAUAACCCCCCUUUAAUAAUGAAUCAUUGUUCAUUUGAGAAAAAUAUAACGAUAUAUAUUAUUCUGCAUUUAGGAUAUACGUGAGUUUCACUAUAAUGACAUUCUUCGAUGUGUAAUUGAACAUGUGUUUGUGGGAAGAAAACCUUCUGCAUCUGUAUAAAAGCAUGGUACUCUUUUUAUAUGUGCAGUAGCCCAAGUGAAAAAGAUUAUGGACAGAAAUGCUGGAACGGUUAGCCGAGCUGUUGAAAAUAUGAUUAAGACAGGAAAGUUGGCUUCAUCAUCUGGUUUAGAUUUACCUCAGGUAUUGGAUUUUAAGUUUGAGAUUCUCAUCUCUUUUCUUUGUUAGAAUGGCAAAUUCUUUUAUUGUACUUCAAAUAAACGCUUUAUAUUUUUAAUGAAGCAAAAUUUUGUUUCUGAUUGUUAUAAUUCAAACACAGCCUUGAUGCAUGUUGCUGAUAGUAUCAUUCGAGAAGAUUAAAUAUUUGUCACACUGAUAUGAGUUCUUGUCUGCUAUUUGAGUAUUUCAUCUGCUUAGGUAUUCAUCCAUGUUGUUUGCAUCAUGAUGUUGAGCCUCAUAUUGAGCUGUAACAAUCAUGCUCACAUCAUAGUACUUCAAUCUAAUUUCAAGAAAUGUGAAAUAUCAUUGGAGUGCUGGAUCCAGUGCAUGCUCAUUUCCUGAUAGGAUAUUCGAAGGAGGCACUCUAGUAAUUUUUCUGGACGUUUAUAUUCUGGUAUUGUGCAUGUGGACUCAUAUGCAGCCAUGUUUUAUCUGUUUAAUCUGAUUUAUUUUAUUUAUUCUUGAAAAGCCCGUAUAAUCUGAGUCUCUUCACGUCAAUCUUCAAUUUUUUUAUUUUUAUUGUUACUUAUUUGUUACAAUUGGUUCUCUCAUUAUAUUUUCAUCCUUUCUUUAGUUUGAUAUUUUUUAUUACAACUGUCAUAUCGUUUUUGUAGGAAAGUAAUUCUUUUGAAGCUUUUACCUCUUUUCGAGGGUGAUGUAUUAUAAAGUUUUCUAUGAGCUUUAUUUUGGUAUUGUGACAGAGAGAUGGCAUGUCCAUUGUAGCUGAGCGGCUCAACUUCCUCCGUUUCAUCUCACAUUUUCGUUCGGUACACAGAGGUGCCUCAUUUGCUAGAAUGCGCACCACAACUGUGCGAAAAUUGCUACCCGAGUAUGUUAUCAUUCUUUAUUAAUUGAAUAAUGAACACUUCAUCCUUGUUGUUCACUUUUGUUGUUUUUUCAGGUCUUGGGGAUUUCUUUGUCCCGUUCACACACCUGAUGGGGAACCUUGUGGUUUAUUGAACCAUAUGACCGCUACUUGUAGUAAGUAAAUGUUUUCAUUUCGUCAUCUCCUUAUAUAUAUGGAUGUAUAUAUACAUCCUUUUUGAUAUUGCAUGCCUCUUUGUGUAUAUUAUUUCAUGCAAAAUGCAUGUGCUCUAUAUGUUUAUCCUGUCAUUUUUGGCGGUCUUUUCAGUAUGCUUUUUUCUUUUGACCCUUGCCUGUAUCUCUUUUCUGUGCAGUUUUUUCCGAGAAUUUCUUCUACUUAUAUGUAUGUAUACUGAUGUUCCAUCUCUCAUUUAUUUUUAUCUUUACAAUUUAAAAUUUCAAUGUGCAGUUUACUUUCUCAAUUUAGUCUUUCUAGUUUGCUUUGUUUGAGAAAGUUCUCUUGAUCUCGUGAUCCACCUUAUGGAGUCGGCUUUAAACAUGGGUGUAACUAAAUAGUUGGUUGUAGUUCUAGAGUCUUUUACAUCUGAUCCUUUGUUGUGAAUAAAUUUCAGGGGUCACGUCAAAUUUUGAUUCUCAAGGCUUUGUAAAGGACUUCGUUAAAAUUCGAAUGUCUAUAACAAAGGCUUUAAUUGGAGUUGGAAUGACGCCGUCAUUGCCCAGGCUUGAGCGAGCUGGUCCUCCUGAGGUUCUUUUUGUUCUUCUUGAUGGAUGUAUUCUUGGGUCCAUUGUCUCGGACAAAAUUGAGAAGGCAGUCGCUCAUAUUCGGCUGUUGAAGCUUUCUGCUAUUUCAGGGGUGCGUGUUUAUUAAUAAUUCUUUUUUCAUGUUUAUUCCGCUAAAAUGUUAUCUUCAUAUCGUUUUAUCUUCUGGGUUACAGAUUCCUGCUGAUUUGGAAGUGGGGUAUGUACCUUUGAGCAUGGGAGGGGCAUAUCCUGGCUUGUAUCUUUUCACAUCUCCGUCUAGGUUUAUUCGACCAGUUAGGAAUCUUUCCCAUCAUUCUGGUGGAGAUACGGCUAUUGAACUUAUUGGUCCGUUUGAACAGGUGAAGUUCACUUUUUUUGGCCACUCGUCAGUUUGUCUUUUGCAUGAGCCACUUUUACUCAUUUUUACUCACUUUUACUCAUUCUUAAUGAUUUUCAGGCAUUUAUGGAGAUUAAGUGUGCUGAUGGUGGAGAUGGUGGAAGAAGUGACUCCUUCCCAGCGACUCAUGAAGAGAUACACCCAACCGGAUUUCUGAGUGUUGUUGCCAAUCUUACGCCGUGGUCUGAUCACAAUCAGAGUCCCCGUAACAUGUACCAAUGCCAGGUAUCUCUUUUUCCCACAUUAUAUCAAAUUAUAUUUGUGCAUUAGUUGGUUGAAUGAGGUGUUCAUACUGGGGAUGAAUAGAAUUUUGUUGCGAUAGUUAGAAUUCGUUUGAAGAAGCAUCAGGUACGACAGGAACCUGUCAUAUAUGUAAAUACCUGAAAGUACAUUCUGUGCCCUCAGGAGAAUGUUUAUUCAAUUAUUGUAGUGUAUUCGUGGUUCUGUCUCUAUCCUCGACUCAUAUAUUACUCGAUUACAUAUCUCUGUGGGACAAGAAUGAACUGUCUUUUGUAAAUGCUAACAUUUCACCAAAAAAAUACAUUCGAGAAACUCCUUAAAAUGUCUUAGUUCUCGUGAUGUAGAGAGAUACCCUGCGAUCAUACAACAUCCCAGCAUUGUUCAAUAAUCCGAUUUGGCUAUGAUUAAUUCGUUUUAGAAAUAAUUUCUAUGAUGUGUAGGUAUGAAUUAUAUUCUUUUUUUACAUUCUCAUGAGUCAGGUUUCCGGUUGUAGGUUUCUUAAUUUGUUCCAGUGAAAAGUGAUCCAUGGCUUCUGGUUCGGAUUUUUGGUCGCCUUUUGUCCCGUGUGAAUUUUUCCACCUCGUGCUGUUGUCCCCUUCUAAACUAUGUAAUUAUCAAUUGUGUAUUUGCCAAAAUACAUAUUGAUGUUGUCCAUUCAUCUAUUUCCUGUUUAAUGUCUUUUCAUUAUAGGAGCAACCUAGGUAAUUCGACAGAGAAAAACUGCUGCUUUCCCACCUCUGGUUCUCCCAAUUUUUUUCAUAUUUAUCAUCUCCAAGCUUGAAGAGAGUUGAAAUUUCCAUCAGUUCCUUUUAUACUUGCUUUUCAAUAUACAUUUAAAUAGUGUCCAUCCUUAGAUUUUCCAUUUAGUAUGUUCUUUCGUAAUCGGAUCCAUUAAGGUGAUGUGAUUGAAGAAAACCUCUCCCAGUACUUUGUUCUCCCUAAAUCCUACGGAUUUAUCUCCAUCUUUGAAGAGAGUUGAAAUCUGUCUGUUAAUCCGUGCUUCUUCAUGUUCUUAGGUAUCAGACAAAUGUAGGAAGUGGAGACUGGAGACGGUAUAGUCUGGCAGUGUUUCUUUUAUACUUUUUCUUGAACUGUAUCCCGCAAACAUUCUUCGUCAUCGAGGUUACAUAGCUGGUUGGGGGACAAGAUUCUAUUGAAUUUCUCAAUGCUUACCAUCUAACCCAUGCACGGCUCUUUCAGUCUGUCUUUUGUUAUUCUGAUUUAUUUUUUUGGUAAAUUUAAUGGAUUGUCAUGUUUACUCUCUUAUCUCUUGUUCCACGGUGUUAGCAGGAUCUCUAUAAUAAGUAUCCUGGACAUAAUUUCUUUUUUUUUUGACCAAGUUGGUUGUUUCAGAGUACCAUUAAGUAUGCACCUCUAUUUUAUGGGAAACUUCUUUGACUCCUCUCAAUAUACUAUUUAAAAAAUCUAGUAUUUUUCUCAGUUAAUAUUACCUUGCCUAACUGUUCAAUUGCAAUUUUUUCCCAGAUGGCAAAGCAGACAAUGGGUUUUUCAUCCCAGGCCCUAAAAUUUCGUGCAGACAACAAGCUUUACCAUCUUCAGGUACAUUGUUUUGCAUUCUUACUUUCGAUAAGCACCAUCUUAUGAUCAUGAGUCGUCUAUAAUAUGCUGGGUAGAGGGAACCAGUCGGACACUGGAGAUCCGCAGUCUAUUGAUGUUAGUGUAUUCUAAUUCAAUGUUUAAUUUCCAUGAUGCUGUUUUCCGGUUAUUUUGAUUGUUCUAAUUCUGGAAUCUUAUCUGUCACUCUUUCCGAACUUAUCUAUUUGCUUAUUCGUAGUUUUUUUAUCUGGGAGGGUUCGGUAUUCCAUUGCACGCCAAUCGUAGGCAAAAUGUUGUGUGAUUUUCAUGUUUAUUUCGUUGUGAUACUCAUUCAAUAGUUUGAACCAAGCGGACUCUAUCCCAAGCCCGUGAGUCGCAUUCAGUAUGAAUCCUCAGUCAGUGGUUUUUUUGACGUGAGAUAAUUUCAGAUAAAUUUUUCAAAAAACCAAAAAUUGUUAAAUAUUUAGAAUUUGCAAAAUGUCAAAUAUAAGCAUCCAGCACAUCAACAGAAAUGAUGACACAGGAUGCUGCGAUCACACUGAAGUUAGUUUAAAGAAUCUGAAUAUUUUUUUCCUUUUUCCAAUUUUAUGUGUGAAGGUAUGAUCUUUAAAACAUGUUUCACUUUAAGAAAACAUAUUCUUGUUCGCUAUUCAUUUUUUUAUAUAGAUUUUACUUUUCAACGUUCAGCUAUUUUCAGGCAUUGAUGUAAUCAGUUGUUUGUUUGAUGUUGUUGUUUGUUUGCAUGUAAAUUUUGGUGAAGACCCCUCAAUCUCCCAUUGUACGAACUACUGCAUAUAGCAAAUAUUGCAUCGAUGAUUACCCUAUGGGGACAAAUGCAAUUGUUGCGGUUCUGGCAUACUCAGGGUACAAGUUUUUUUAUGAUUAUUGUUUACCUUUUUUCAUUGGAUUAUUUCACUAAUUUUAGUGAAAACAAGGCAGAAUGAAUACAAUGCCCAUCUUUAUUUUAAUUUGAAACAGAACUGAUUUUAUGUUUCACGUGGUUCUAUGGUGUUCUCUAGUUAUGACAUGGAAGAUGCUAUGAUCUUGAAUAAAUCAUCUGUAGAACGUGGGCUCUGCCGUGGGCAUAUAUAUCAGGUAUACUUAUUUGAGCAAUUUUUUUUUGUUAUCCAACUUUAGAGCACUCGACAGGAGAGGUCGCCAACACUCAAUGCUUUUUUCUAUUACAUCAUCUUAUAGGUUAAAUAUCAGCGUUACCCAGUGAUUUCUCUACUAGGUCCUUUCAUCCAGAAGGUUCAAUAAUUCAGGAAUAUAAUUUUAGCCAUUUCUUUAGGAAAUUUCCUUGUGUAUCAAAUACUUAAUCCACGUAGAAAACAUUGUGCUAAUAUGUUCCAGAAAACAUUGCAUUUUCUGAAUUCAAGUCAAUGAAUGUUGACUCUGUGAUUAAUAUUCCUUCUAACGCCUUACAUCAUGUGAAAUGUGCCUAGUAAAGACAUCUUAUGUUAAGGGCAUAUUCCCUAAGUGAUGUCAAAGUUAAACUUCCAUUGGACAUUUCAAUAAAGGCCUUCCUUGGUUGCCCAUUUAGUUGAUGAACUGUGGCAUAUCUUUGAAUUGUACGAUUUAAUCGUGGACAGAUAGUGCUGUGGUUCUGAUUUGCUGGAAACAAGGUCAUCAAACCUGAUCAUGAGAUUAGAACUCCAAACUCUUUCGUCCUGUGGGAUUGGCCAUCAAGGACUCUGUUAUUACGUGAUCUGGUUAGGAAGCGCAUAGUGCAUACAGUGGUUGUCAUGAAAUAUUUAGCAGCAAAAUGUCUAACGAUCGCCACUUUAUGAUGGAGAUUUUUAUAGGGAACACUUUAUACAGACUCCUAUAAUUGGCUAACUCAGGUGAACUGCAAUGAAUUUAAAACGAUCUUCUGUUUGGUGUUUGAAACCAUUUCCAAGUGAGUUACUCAUUUUGAUAUUACGAGGACGCGAACUUUUUUAUCGUAACCCAAACUUUUCCGUUAUCAAAUGAACUAAUGAAGGUGAAAUUGCCAAGCUCAGUUCCGUCAUUCCUGAAUAAAGAUGAUUGAGUGUCCUUUUAGCUUUUUGUUGUGUGAAAAUAUUUCUAUUCUUCUUUAUCCUGCCAAUUAAUCCCUUCACUUCUCUUUGUCUAUUUGCAGACAGAAACCAUUGACUUGACAAAGAAGAGUGAUAAAUCAGGCAAGGUUUUAGAAAUCUUUGCCAAAAGUAAUUGUCCGGACCAAAAUAGUGAACUGGAUGCAGAUGGCCUUCCAUAUGUUGGUCAGGUUGGUCUACUUUUUGGUGUUUAUAUGUAGAAGUUGUCUUAUAGAUUACGUACUAAAAAAUUGUCUUUUUACUUUGCAGAUUAUACAUCCAACCAAGCCAUUGUAUAGCUCCUGUAAUACACUAACCAAUAUACCAAAGACAACUCCGAUGAAGGGGUCAGAGCCUGCUUUUGUGGAUUGUGUUUCCCUUGAUGGUACAACCAAGAGUCAUUUACAGAAGGUGAAUAUCUUCCCGUCCAUAGAAUAUGAACCUCUCUCUUAUAUCUUGCACUCAUAUGUUUGUUUUGAUGAAAUACUAUGCAAAUUCUCGAGUUUCUUUCUUUCUUGGCUGAUAGCACAAGUUUUUGCGCUCGUUAAUUUUCAUGAACUGGAACAUAUGUAGACGCUUUAAAAUUCUAGCACGUCCUGAAAAUGCUCAAAAUGCUCGAAUUUAUACAAGUGAAUCUCUGAUUAAAUAUAAAUAUUGAAAAAGAGGGUGAUAUUUAAAUUAAGAUAAAGUAAGUGGAUGAUCAUUGUUUUCCGUCGAGCUUUUUUCGGAGAUCUUCAUGAUGCAUAGUGUCUCGAGACCCUUGUAUGGAAACCUCUUGCUUUCUCUUACCCUUUUGUUCUUUGCCAUAUCUUAGAGGUUUAAGAAGAUAAGGGGGUGAAGUUUGUGAGAAAUCAUCUAAAGCUUUCAAGAGUUGCAAAUGUAUGAAUACAGAAGCAUGAGAUAAGUUUCAAUGGCAAUUAAUUAGGCUUCCAACGUUAAGGAUCAGGCUAGAAAUGUCAAUGAUGUUUUGAGGGCCACGGAUGACCGUGAUUUAUAGCUUCACUUAUGACUUAGAAUGAGGUUUAAAUCUGCUUUAUCUCUACGACUUUCUCUAUAUUUGUGCUUCAUAGCCCAUAUUAUAUUUUGGGCCCAAUUCAAGGAAGCCCUGUCGAUUGAAAUUUAUGUGGUUCCUCCAAGACAUGUAGUGCUGACUUUUUGCCGAUCAGGCAUUUUCCCUUCUUGACUCUGUAUUAGAAGAUAUCUCUAUCGGUAUAAGUAUCAAUCAGAAGCCAUCAAAUGCAUUUCUGUGCGGGUUAUAGAAAGACAUGCGAACGGUACUGGCCUCGCUUCGCAUGGCAAGUUUUGUUUUAUAUUAUUUGCAAUGAUCUAUUCUGUACUGAGUUAUUCAGUCGAAUCUUUCAUGGGUCAUAUAUUAUUGAUGUGCAAUGGCUUUCUUAGCAUCAUAUUAUGACGAUUCUUUAUGGGUCGAUUCCCUCACUUUGCAUGGUGCUUUUGAAGUAUCGAGUUACACUGGGACAUCUUCGUAAUCUCGUUCCAAGUAGUGGCCAAUUUCAGAAACUGUUCGAUAGAGAAGGUGAAAACAAGUGGACAUUGCGGGGAAUCAUUUAUUGAUAAUAUAAUCCUAUUCUGACGAUGAAAAGGUGCUCUUGCCACUGGAUGUUGGGACCUAGGUUAUACUCUGUAGGUUCAUUUGGAAAACAUCUGAUUUUCAUUCAGAAUAACUAUGUGCAUAAUUUUUCGAUAAACUUUAACCUUACCUUAUCUUGGACUCUACAACUGAGUUUUUGAUGACCUUUACUGUCAAAUAUACUGUUUUUUAGGUAUAUCACUAGCUAUUAUUUGUGGUGUUCUCUAAAAUACUUGGAUGUCAUGAAUAAUAGUAACUUGGAUUCAAGUUUCUAUCAUACUUAUUUGAUUUUUUGGGCAGGUAAAUAUUCGUCUUCGUCGCCCCAGAAAUCCUGUUAUCGGUGACAAAUUUAGCAGUAGACAUGGACAAAAGGGUGUUUGCUCCCAACUAUGGCCUGAUAUUGAUAUGCCAUUCUCCGCUGUUACUGGGAUGCGGCCUGAUCUGAUUAUCAAUCCCCAUGCAUUUCCUUCUAGGAUGACCAUCGGCAUGCUUUUGGAAUCUAUUGCAGCUAAGGUACUAUUGACCUUAUCCACAGUUAUUAUUUCUGUUUGUAUCUUUUUUUUCUUAAUUUAUGCACCAAGGGCCUCCAUUCCUUGUUUUUUACAUGUCUGCUCGAUUUCUUCACUUCCUUUCAAGUUGCUUGUGGCUGUUGUCUUUGUCGCGGAUGGUUAAUUCUGACGGAGAAGAGGAUCGAGUGUGCUUCUGUCUAUAGAGAUAGAGUUGGAUGGGUGUUGAUAGACUGGGCGCUGGGGAAGUCGGGGAUUAGUUAGUGCCUCUGCAAGUCCUAUUCUGGCCGCCUUGACUGAACGCGUCUUUAGUUCUUUGAAAAUGAACUUUUCCUUGUGCGCUAAGGGAAAUCAAAAUGUUUAGAUCCAUGGCUUACUCUUGAGAAAGAAGAAAGUAAUCAUCUGCGCCUCUCUGAGAUUCGUAAUUUGUGUGGUUGAAGUGUCUGAGAUUCAAUGACUUAUGCAUUACCAUUGAUGCUAUCCUGAUAUCAUCAUCAUCUUACGCAUUUAGUGUAUCAUUUACUAGAAUCUUUUAUCCAGGCCAAGAUGUGGGCUUUUAUUUAUUGAUCCCGUGAUAGUUUUGACCAAAAUGUCUAUGGAGGAAUGCUUCCUUUAAUGUUCAUUUACGAAGCUCAUCUGUUGUUUUAUAUCGAUGAUUGCAUUUCAGUUGACUUCAUGAACAAGGUCUAUGCGUAGAAGCUGUUGUGGUAGGCAUGCUUUUGAACUUUCCAAAGCAGGUUUAUUUGGGCGGAUGGGCUUACUUGGUCGGAAUUCAAAUUUAUGCAUAACACCCAUCUGAAACAUCGUCCUCUUACUAAAAGUGAAAACUGAAAUAGAGAUGCUCUUAUGCAAGUGAGUGGCGCCUAUUUUUCUCACAAGCAGUACCAUUCAUCGCCAGUUUUUCGCCCAAUUGAAGUAUGCCAUGCCAUAAAGUACUUGUCUAAACAUUUGUCAAUGGGUAUUGUUCUUGCUUCCUCCAAGGUGUAGUUGGCAUCAUACUUCGCUAGGAUCUUUGUAUCUGAUACUGUGAUUGGCCGUUCUAGUAGCGAUUGUGAUUUAGAUAAGUGUCACAGGCCACCAAGUCCUUGAGGAUCUUCCACUUCAAUCCUGAGAAAUCGCUGAACGAUUUCAUCCGCAUCUUUUGAGUGGCGAAAUAUACAAUCAUUGAAUCUGUCUUAUAUCUUUCUGCAGGGGGGCAGCGCGCAUGGGCAAUUCGUUGAUGCCACCCCCUUCUCCAGUUGCAGCAAGUCCGACGGAGAUUCUCCAUCUGAAUCGGACUCCCUUCAUGAUUACCUCGGCCGGCUGCUGACCUCCAAAGGUUUCAACUAUCACGGGCUGGAGGUCAUGUACAGCGGUGUCUUCGGCACGGAGCUGGCUUGUGAGAUUUUCAUCGGGCCCGUGUAUUACCAGCGUCUCCGACACAUGGUCUCCGACAAAUUUCAGGUGAGACUCUGCAAAUCCAUCUUACCCAUUUAUUUUCCAGAGUUUUCACCAUGGCGGGCAAGCCUGUCAGCCUGACCCAACCCUCUUCCUCCUACGUGGCUUUACUAAAACCAGAACAGCAGGGCCAUGGUCUCUGCUGCAGCACUCGUAAAACCAGCAGUCUUUGUGGAAAUUCAUUCUUAUGAUUUUUAUUUUUUUUGGGUAUCUCCGCUACUGAACAUGAAUGUGGAACAAGUUUCCAUCUUUCAGCAUUUCUAGACUGCCCAGAGAUCGAUCCAUGGCGGUGACGGGCUACUUGCUAUUUCAGGUUCGCUCCACGGGCACUGUCGACCAGAUCACCAGGCAGCCCAUCGGCGGAAGAAAGUGGGGAGGAGGGAUCCGGUUCGGGGAGAUGGAGCGGGACUCGCUUCUCGCCCAUGGGACGGCGUAUCUGCUCCACGAUCGGCUCCACAGCUGCUCCGACUACCACAUCGCCGACGUGUGCCGCCUCUGCGGCAGCAUUCUCACGGCGACCACCAUCCAGCGGCACAAGAGAGCCGUGAGGGAGAUCAGCGGGCUUCCUCCGGCCAAAACCCCCAAGAGCUACACCUGCCAGGCCUGCAAAACCAGCACCGGAAUGGAGACGGUGGCCAUGCCCUAUGUUUUCAGAUACUUGGCCGCCGAGCUGGCGGCGAUGAACAUCAGGGUUUCCCUAAACCUGAAGGAUGGAUCGAACAUAUGA